GGUGAAGGCCCCAGUGCAGCAGCAACAGCACAUGAUGGAGACGAUGAUGAGGAGGAGACCAUCUCUCUGGAUUCCAGAAGGCAUGAGGACCCAGAUGCUAUACAGUGGGAAAACCAGCCUGGCAACAUAGUGCGUAUUAAUAAAAGGACACCACAUCCUGCCAAAUUCCAGCUGCGCUAAUUGUAUUGUGUUCACAGAGCUCACAAGCUAUCAGAAAGUUGUAUGGCAACCACCUCCGGCGCCAAAUAGAACUGGCAGACAUAGACAUUCAGUACAAGAAGAAAAAGAUGGAAAAUCUUGCACUGGAGUCCGAAAUAAAAAAGAGGACAAUUAGGAAACUGGACCUUGAAAUAAAAAAACUUGAGAGGGAGGUGAGAUAUGCCUUCAAUGUACACUGUAUGCUAACUGUAACACAAAUGUAUUAAUCAUUAUUUUUCUUUCCUCCCCCAGCUCCAAGAAGAUGACACAGCUGAAAAUAAAAAUUAGGUAUAUUCUCGUAAAGUCAAGUGAGCCAUGACAUAUGAGCUCUUAUUGUGAGCACACAGGACGGUGGCAUCUUUCUAAGGUUUUUUUUAUUUUCCCAGCAAUCAGUACAACCAAGUCAUCGUUAUAAGGCAUCGCCCUCUUUUGCCCACCCCCCCAGCACCAGGUGUGGCCACUAGCCUAUAUGAAGGCCCAAAAUUGUGUGUUCCUUUCUGCUCUGACAAUGGCAUGCCCAUUCGUGCGAGAUGUGGUGGAUGAAGAAGCACUUGUGCUGAGGAGAGCCUUCAGGCGAGAAAGGGUCUUCAGGGACCGGUUGGACCCACUGGCCUUCCCUGAUGACCAUCUAUAUGAAAGAUACAGGUUUUCUGCAGAUGGCAUCAGGUAUCUAUGCAGACUACUGGGUCCCAGGAUUAAGCACCGCACUGCACGGAGCCAUGCACUGAGUGUGGAGCAAAUGGUUUGUGUGGCCUUGCGCUUUUUUGCUAGUGGAGCCUUCCUGUACUCAGUGGGGGAUGCAGAACAGCUGAACAAGGCCACAAUUUGCCGCACAAUAAGGAGUGUGUGUCUGGCUAUCAAAGCAUUAGCAGAUGUCUUCAUCUCCUUCCCUGGCCACAGAAGACUCUGUGACAUCAAAGAGGAGUUCUAUAGGAUUGCAGGUUUCCCCAAUGUCAUUGGUGCAGUGGACUGCACACACAUAAGGAUAAAAGCCCCCUCAGGUGCCCAUGAGGCCGAUUUUGUGAAUAGGAAAUCCUUUCACAGCAUUAAUGUUCAGAUGGUCUGCAAUGCUGACUGUGUGAUCAGCAAUGUUGUGGCAAAAUGGCCUGGCUCAGUCCAUGACUCCAGAAUCUUUCGGGCCUCUGAAAUCUAUCAGUGCCUAUCACAAGGUGAAUUCUCUGGUGUGUUGCUGGGAGACAGGGGGUAUGGCUGCCAGCCUUUUCUCCUGACACCUUUCACAGACCCCCAGGAAGCACAGCAGGCCUACAACCAUGCCCAUGCCAGGACCAGGGCCAGAGUUGAAAUGACCUUUGGCCUCCUGAAGGCACGCUUUCACUGCCUUCACAAAUUAAGGGUCAGCCCUGUUAGGGCAUGUGAUAUUACUGUGGCUUGUGCUGUCCUCCACAAUGUGGCCUGCCUGAGGAAGGAGAGGGCCCCCAGAGUGCCACCAGCCAUGGACUGGGACAAUCCGGCAAUCUUCCCUGAUGACGACAGUGGUCGGCUGCUGAGGGACCAAUAUGUGUUGAAUUAUUUUAGUUAGUAUGUGUGCUUUCAAUUUUGGUUAAAUAUGUCCUGCGGUGGCAGAGGAAUUUGGGUUUUUUUGGGUUCGUUUUUUUACGAAUUUGGCCUCUUAUGAUGUUUGUGCGGUAUACUGUGUGUAAUACAAGGCUGCAGGGAGGCUACUGCAUCCAUUCAUUUGUCUGUUCAGUUGAUGUGUAUGGAUUUGUCCUGCAUUUAUUUUAGUGUGCAGACAUGCAGGGUGUGUUAUAUACAGACCUUUGAAUGUGUAUGUAUCAUUUUGUAUAAUAUGCUUGGAUUCUGUGCUUUCCAUCUUGUAGAGUCACUGUGACUUCAGUUUCGAAAGGAGCUGAUGGUUUACCUGCUUUGUUUUGUCCUUAUUCAAUAAAGGAACAUAAUGUUA